AUUUGUUAUUAGAGAAAAAUUAGGAAGACCUGUACCUGUUCUUUUGUAUUCCGAAAUGAAAAAUUAUAUAGAUUUGCUUUUACAUUACCGUAAAGAAGCAAAAAUACCUGACGGACACUCAUACAUCUUCGCUUUACCAGAUUAUGAUGAAGAGAUUAAGCCUUCGGCACAUGAUACGAUUUUUCAUCAGCAUACGAGGCGUCUUACAAUUGGGUUACAAUUGAUAGGUAGUAUAAUCAUUUGAGCCAAUCAGGACAUGUAAUAAGAUCUCGUAUGCGAUCUAGCCUGAAAAAUCGUAUCGUGUGCCAAAGGCUUUAGAUACAUAAGAGCUUGUGAUUUAUUACGCACAUAUUCUAUAGUGUGGAGCAAGUAUGCCUCUUAGAUUAAGAGAUACAAAGCUUCGUAAGCAUAUCGCAACAAGAUGCAUUACAUUAAAUCUAUCAGAUCCUGAUGUGACAGUAUUAGCAAAUUAUCUAGGUCAUAACAAAAACAUCCACAUGCAACAUUAUCGUCAAUCUCUUCCACAAUCAAAUUUUUACAAGCUAUCAAAAUAAUUAAUAAAAAUACCACAGAUUUUUAUAGUAUAUAUUUAUCAUCCAUCAAUAUAUGAUGACUGUUUUGUGUCAAAUUUGACUUACUUUAUAUGCCAAACCUUAUGUAUUUAUUGCAGAAGUAUUUUAAGCAAUGUUCAAUGUUGAAAUAGUUAAAAUGUCUUGGUUACUUAAAAUAGCACAAGAUAAAGAUAAUGAUUUUCAACAAAAUAAUGAAGAAAAUAACUCGCAAAUUAACAAUGAUAAUUUGACUACAAAUGAAAUACACAUAAAAACAUAAUUUUAGUUUUUCUUACAUUACAACGCAAAUAUUUUUGUAUAUAUAAUUUAAAAAAUUUACUGUAUUUAGAAAAACGCCUUAAAAAAUAUAUUUUUAGCAGAUUUAGAUUUUCUUGAUGUUUGGUUGUAAAUAAUAAAAAUAACUUGCUGCAAUAAAUACGUAAGAUUUAGCAUAUAAACUUUUUUGGAGAUUUUAAAUAGUUACAAAAGAAUAACAACAAAACCUAAGUAAUAACAAUUUAUUUCAAUAUGUACUGGUCUAUAUAAAUAUAAAAAACAUUAUUCUGUUGAAUUUCGAAAUGCACGAAGAAGAGACAUUUAAUUGUAAUGUAUAGUAAUCUUGAAGUGCUUAAUACAAUAGCCACAAAUUUAAAUUUAAACGUACCAGUGGUACAAUUAAACGCUGGUCCGGAUUUACAAAAUAAAUUUACUGCAAACAACAUGCCAUUAGAGUGCAAUUUACAUGUACAAGUCGCACAAAAUUCUAGUACGGAGCUACAAAAUGAAUCUACUUCAAACAACAUGUUACCAGAGUGCUAUUUACAUGUUCCAAUCGUACAUAAUUCUAGUAUAGAGAUACAAAAUAAUUCUACUUCGAAUGACGUGAUAUCAGAAGGCAAUUUACAUGUACAAGUUACACAAAAUUCUAGUACGGAGCUACAAAAUGAAUCUACUUCAAACGUGUUACCAGAGUGCCAUUUACAUGUUCCAAUCGUACAUAAUUCUAGUAUGGAGAUACAAAAUAACUCUACCUCGAAUGACGUGAUAUCAGAAUGCAAUUUACAUAUACAAGUCAUACAAAAUUCUAGUAUGGAGAUACAAAAUGACCCUACCUCAAAUGAGGUGUUAUCAAAGGGCAAUGUUCAUGUGCCAGUUGUACAAAAUGCUAGUAAGGAGCUACCAAAUGACUCUAUUUUAAACGACAUGUUAUCAGAGUGCAAUAUACAUGUACCAGUUAUACAAAAUGCUAGUACGGAGCUACAAAACGACUCUACCUCAAACGACAUGCUAUCAGAGUGCAAUAUUUAUGUGCCAGUUUUACAAAACGCUAGUUUGGAUCUAGAAAACGAAUUUACCUCAAAUGACAUGCUGUCAGAGUGCUCUUUAAAUGUGUCAACCAUAAGAAAUGUUAGUACGGAGUUAGAAAAUGAAUCUGCCUCAAACAACAUGCUAUCAGAAUGCAAUCUAUAUGUGCCAGUUAUACAGAACGUUAAUACAGAGCUACAAAAUGAAUCUGUCUCAAACGACAUACUAUCAGAAUGUAAUCUACAUCAGGAUAUAUUAAAUCCAUCAGAAACAUCUAUUGAUAAUUUUACAUUAAAUACUAAUUUUGAUCAAACAGUAACUAUUUUAUUUGAUGAAUUGAAUGAUUUAGGGAUAUCUCCGAAUAAUAUGUUAAACUAUUCUAAUGAAGAUGAAAAUAAUGUAUCUAAGAAUCUCAAUCAAUCCUGCAAUGUGGAUAAUUCUAUGGAAAUUGAAAAUAACAGAAAUGAAGCAAAUCAUGAAAAAGCGAUGAAUGAUAUUGAUGUGGCAAAAUUAAUAAAAGAAUCUAAUAACAAUUUAAAACAGGUUAAUGACAUAUCGAACUUAAAUAAUUCUGAUUGUAGCGAUUGCUACAGUGAUAAAGAUCCUGAUUAUCAUUACAGUACUGAUUCAGAAAAUUCUGAGGUAGAAGAUGAUGCUCAACAUUGUUCAAUACAAUCUACUAACACUACAAAUAGUAGUUUAGAAACAUCAUUAAAUGCGUCUAGACAACAAAUUUGUGAUGAUGCUAAUUUACAUGUCGAAUGUUCAAAACCUAAAGGUCAAGAAAAGAAAAAUUUUUGUUUUUAUUGCAAAAAAAUGCAGGCAAAAAUAAGUAGACAUUUAGAACGUGUUCAUAAAAAUGAAGAGGAGGUAAAAAAGUUUACUGGACUACCAAAAGGUAAUAAAGAAAGACAAAAGAUUAUCGGACUUUUAAGACGAAGAGGCAAUUAUUUAUACAAUACAGAUCCCACAUAUAAUAAGGGAGAACUCAUAGUUUGUAGAAGACCAACAGAAUCAAGAAAAAAAGCUGCACAUGAUUUUAUAUGUUGUGCUGGCUGUAAAGGCUUUUUUACUAAGAAUAAUAUACGUCAUCAUUUUAAACAGUGUACAAAGAAAAUUGUUGGCAGAACUGUGAAAGUACUGGGAAGAAAAGUUCAAGGAAGAAUUCAUGAAAGUGCGAACUCUAUUUUAAGAAACGUUGUAUUUCCGAUAUUAAGAGAAGAUGACAUUAUCAGAUUGAUAAGAUACGAUGAAUUGUUGAUUACUUACGGUAACAAGUUGUGUAUAAAGUAUAAACAUCAACACCAACAAGAUAUGAUUAGAGCUCGUUUGCGAUUAUUAGGGCGAUUUUUAAAAGCCAUCAAAAAAAUUAAUAAAAAUGUCACAGAUUUUUUUAGUAUUUAUCAUCCAUCAAUAUAUGAUGACUGUAUUACAGCUGUGAAUCAAGUAGCAGGUUAUAACACAAGUACAAAAGUUUAUGCAGCUCCUUCCGUUGCAUCAAGAAUUGGCACUCUUAUAAAACAAAUAGGAAAUCUUGCUAUUGCUGAAUGCAUAAAACAGAAUAAAUUUCAAAAAAAAGUAGACAUAGAAAACUUUUUAAAGUUGCUACAAGAAGAUUUUGGCGUAUCUGUCAAUAAAACUGUUGAAGAAAGCAUAUUACAAGCUAAGCGCUAUCAAUUACAAGAAUUACCUCCGUUAGAAGAUAUAAAAUUAUUGCACAAUUUUUUACAAACUAAUAGGCGUUUGGCAUUUCAACGUCUCAGUGACACAUUUACUUAUGAUAACUGGCGGCAACUGGCACAAUUUACUCUAAUUUCGGUUCAAGUAUUUAAUAGACGAAGAGCCGGAGAAAUUGAACGCAUUUUUAUCGAUGAUUAUAAGCACCAAGAAGGUAUAAAUGAACAAACAAAUCCAGAUUUAUACGAAUCUUUAUCACCUGAAGCUCAAAAAAUAGCUAUGAAAUACGUAAGAUUUGUUAUUAGAGGAAAAUUAGGAAGACCUGUACCUGUUCUUUUGGAUUCCGAAAUGAAAAGUUGUAUAGAUUUGCUCUUACAUUACCGUAAAGAAGCAAAAAUACCCGAUGCAAACCCAUACAUCUUCGCUUUACCAGGUUACGAUAAAAAGAGGUUUAGAUAUAUAAGAGCUUGUGAUUUAUUACGCACAUAUUCUGUAGCGUGUGGAGCAAGUAUGCCUCUUAGAUUAAGAGGUACAAAGCUUCGUAAGCAUAUUGCAACAAGAUGCAUUACACUAAAUCUAUCAGAUCCUGAAGUGACAGAAUUGGCAAAUUAUCUAGGCCAUAACAAAAACAUCCACAUGCAACAUUAUCGUCAAUCUCUUCCACAAUUUGAAAUAGUUAAAAUGUCUCGGUUACUUAAAAUGGCACAAGGUGAAGAUGAUGAUUUUCAACAAAAUGAUAAAGAAAAUAACUCGCAAAUUAACAUUGAUAAUUUGAUUACAAAUGAAUUUGAGACUAAUGGAAGUGGAAAUAGUGAUAUAGAUAUUGAUGUAGACAAUGAUUAUGUAGACACAAAUUCAACUUGUGGGGCUAAUAGGAAAAGACGAAGCACAUCGCCAUAUGGUGCAACAAAACGCGUACGAUGGACACAAACGGAAUGUAAUACAAUAAUUACAGCAUUUAAACAAGAAAUGUCAGAACGACGUUUACCAUCAGGAAAACAAAUGGUAGAGGUUAAAAUGAAAAAUAAUUGUUUAAGUCGUCGUUCCAUUCCUCAAAUUAGAAGCUGGAUUCACAAUCAAAUUUCAAGAAAAUCUAAACCACGUGCUAAGGAUCUUGAUAGCGAGAGAGAAUAAGAUUUAUCUAAAUUAUUUUCGAAAA